CCGUUUUAUGUAUUUAAAGAUUGGGGGUAUCAUAGACAGGUAAGAUUGGAUGAUUUUGAGGGAAACUUUGACAUCAACAAUUGCCAUUUCAACAAAUCCAUCACCGAAGCUCUAAAUAUAACUCCCUCUUCAUUUCUCCAUCUCUAUCACCUUCUGCAAUGGAUCAAAAUCAACAUACCUCAAGUAGAGUAGUUGAAGAGUACGAAGACUUGUUGCCACUGAUGGCCCAGAAGCUGGACGUUGAGGUGUUUGUGGCCGAGCUUUGCAGUGGUUUUCGGCUGCUGGCCGAUGCAUCGAAAGGGGUGAUAACAGCGGAGAGUUUACGGCGAAACUCGGCAUUGUUGGGAAUGGAAGGGAUGAAGAAGGAGGAAGCGGAGUCGAUGGUGAGGGAAGGAGACCUUGAUGGAGAUGGAGCUCUCAAUGAAAUGGAAUUUUGUAUUUUGAUGGUGAGGCUUAGCCCAGGAAUGAUGGAAGACGCUGAGGGUUGGCUUCAAAAGGCGCUUGAUGAAGAACUAAGUAAAGUUUCUUGUUAGUGUUUUGUGUUCAUGUGAUUGUAAUUUAUUGAAUCGAUAAUGAACUCAAAUAACAGUGUACUUGUUGUUUAAUGAUUUAAGAACAUGGGAUCUGUUUGUAGUUUAAUCUGAAUUAUAAGAAUUGCUGAUUCGAUAAUAUCUGAA